AAAGAGCAUUACAAUUCUUUUCUGGAGAGAGAAAGAAACCGCCGGAAAACCCAACCAACCGAUACGGUAGGACGACGGCGAUGAUGGAGGAAGAUAAAGGAAGUAGCCACAAGGAGUCUCCGGGUGAAGGCGGUGACUUGGAGCUCGGUGGUGUGGAGUCGGAACUCUGUGGGAGUGGCGGCGGUGGGGCUAGUGUUGGCGCUGGUACGAGUAAUAGUAGAGUGAGGGGACCAUGGUCACCGGAGGAGGACGCGGUGCUGAGUCAACUGGUCGCCAAGUUUGGGGCGAGGAAUUGGAGCCUGAUCGCCCGAGGAAUUCCGGGUCGUUCUGGGAAAUCUUGUCGCCUUCGAUGGUGUAACCAGCUAGACCCCUGCCUCAAGCGCAAGCCUUUUUCUGAUGAAGAGGAUCGUAUCAUAAUUUCAGCACAUGCUGUCCACGGGAACAAAUGGGCUGCAAUUGCGAAACUCCUGCCAGGCAGAACAGAUAACGCAAUUAAGAACCAUUGGAAUUCUACGCUAAGACGAAGAUGCAUGGAUCUAAGUAGGCCUAAACCAGGACCUGUUGACAUGAUGGAAGAUGGAAGUCUUGAGAGGACAAAAGCAUCCUCAGAAGAAACAAUGUCAGUUGGAGAUAUCAAUUCUUUCAAGCCCCCUGAAGGAAUGGAUGUAAUGGUGGAUGAUAGACCACACCAGCAUGAAGAUAAAGCUAAAACCAAAGAGGUUCAAUUUGCCAUUGAACCCAUGGAGCAGCCUACGAUUUGUCGCCCAGUUCCACGUGUCAGUGCAUUCAAUAUUUAUGGCCCUGCAAGUGGCCCCAGAAGCGAAUCUGGGAUGCCAAGGACAGUACCUACUCAAGGGCCUCUUCUUCAUGCUCCCUGGCCAGACUCUGGAGUCAGCAAAUUACUCGAAGAUCUUCAUGGUGAACCUAUGGUUCCUCUGCGAUGUGGGUUUGGUUGCUGCUCAUCUCCUAGUGGGAGCCAUUCUCAAAGAUCAUUGCUGGGGCCUGAAUUUGUUGAAUAUGAAGAAUCCCCGGCUUUCUCAAGUCAUGAAUUGAUUUCAAUAGCUACCGAUUUGAACAAUAUUGCCUGGAUCAAGAGUGGCCUUGAAAAUGGCAGCAUUGGAGCUCCAAGCACUGCAAUGGAUCAUAGAACGUCUCAUGGGACUGCUUCAGGCUCACAGGUGGGAAUACCAGAUCCCUGUAAAAAAAAUGAUCAUAUGCGUUUCGAGGAUGGACGGAACAAACUGAUGGGCAUGAUGGCAGAAGUUCUACCAAGUCAGAUGUCUAGACAAACAUUUGGAGUGAGAGCUGAAGUAGAGGGUUUGAGCUAAAGCUGAUACCAAUUUUUAUUCCUUUUUGCUGGAUUUCAUAAAAGGGAAUAUAGGUGAGUUUUCUGUUUGAUUGUGUAAGACCCCUAUUUGAUUUUAUGAAGAGUUUGCUUGUCACUUGAUUAUGACUCUCCUCUGUUUUAUCUAGUUUGCUUUUAGGUUCAUACUGCAAAAAGGUGGAAGGCUAAUAAGAUUAUGUAAGAAAACAUGGUGUCUACACUAAAAGCCAUCUUCUCAA